UGGCGAUAUCUCUACCGUCGUGAGAUGCAGGAAAUACUGCCAGGUCUUUACUUAGGACCUUAUUCAGCAGCCGCUUCUAGCAAGUUGGAGGUAUUGCUACAAAAUGGUAUAACGCAUAUCUUAUGCAUUCGACAAUCCCUUGAAGCAAGAUUUGUCAGACCAUGCUUUCCUGACAGAUUUAGCUAUCUGAUUUUAGAGGUUGCUGAUACUGCUGAGGAAAACAUAAUACAGCAUUUUCCAAAGGUUAAAGCCUUCAUUGAUGAUUGCUUGCAAAACAAUGGGAAAUGCCUAAUACAUGAUAACGCCGGAAUUUCAAGAAGUGCUGCAUUUAUGAUAGCCUAUGUUAUGGAGCGAUACAAUCUGGAAUUUAAUGAUGCAUUUAAAUUGGUUCAAAAGCGAAGAUUUUGUAUUGGACCUAAUGACGGUUUUAUCCGUCAACUAAAGGUACCAGCAACUAACUUGAUGCCAAGAAAAUGUUUAUAG